CAGAUACGGAAGAAGAGGAUGAUUCAACAUGUCAUUUGCACAGUUGUUUGUCUUGUUCAUGAUAUAGGGCGGAAAGGUGCAAAGACAAACUAACGUUAACUUAGAUGUGUUUUCCUUCAGCUUAACAAGUCCAGCAGGGCAGUUAAAAGUAAUAAAGAAACUAAAGGAGUUGUUUGGGAAAUCCAAUGCUACUCGGAAGGCGAAAGAAAGUAAGCAGAAGAAAGUAAAACCUGAAAGCUGGAUAUGAAAGUUGAUACAUCAGCAGCAUCCGACUCCGGUCAACCGUCUCUGCUGGCGACUGCAGAAACCGAGGGAGAGGCGCACGCGCUGCUCGGCUCUUCCUCCGUCAGCUUCGCUGCAGAUCGUCUGUCUGCCUGUUGUCAUGGAGGAGCCAAGAUGGCGAUCCUGGCCUAUAGCCUAGGCAAACGGGAAAUAAAUCAGUAUUUCAGCAUAAAAAAUGCUAAAUUGCUGUCUGUCGCCGCCGUCGUCCUUCUCACUGUGUUUCACUCGGCUUCACGACAUUAUGGAGGCAGUGACACAUGCGACUGGCUUUUAUCCAGUGGACGUUUUUUAGGGGACAAUGUAUGGCAGCCCUACGGUUGCAUGCUACACAAGUACAAAAGCACUGAAGCAAACCUUUGCCUCAGAGAGAAGAGAAUAGCUUUUGUAGGUGACUCUAGAAUACGUCAGCUCUUCUAUUCUUUCGUCAAAAUGGUCAACCCUGAGGUGAAAGAAGUUGGAAACAAGCACGAAAACAUCCCCUUUGUAAAUGGUGAUUCCACUGUGGACUUUCUGUGGUAUGCAGAAGUGAACAAUUCCUUGAAGGAGCAGUUAAUGUUAUGGACAGAGGGAUCUGCUUCCAAACCACAUGUCAUCAUUAUUGGUGCUGCUACGUGGUCCAUUAAGUUGCACAACGGCAAGAGUGAGGCACUCUUUCAGUACAAAGCAAACCUCUCAGCUAUAUCAGACACACUGGAAAAACUAGCCGAGCACAGUGAAGUCUAUUGGGUUCUGCAAGAUCCUGUUUAUGAGGAUGUGCUAAGUGACAGCCGAAAGAUGAUCACAAACGAGCAGAUAAAUCUGUACAACGAGGCGGCGGUUAGUACUCUAAAUACCAGCAAAAAGAAGCUCAAGUUCUUAGAGGCUUCUCGGCAAGCUGCUAUGGAGACCAUUUCCCAGUCGGUGGAUGGCCUGCACCUUCCUGAGAGCACACAAGAUGUUGGUGCCAUGGUUCUGAUGAACUCCAUGUGCAACAAGAUCCUGAAGCCCAUCGACGGCUCUUGCUGUCAGAGCGCCCCUCCACUAAGCGUCCAUCAGAAGCUAGCUGCUGGUCUCUUCCUGGUGUCCAUCAUCUGCUUCCUCCUACUGGGCUGUAGUAGACAUCAUAAGAGCAGGCCCACUCCUGAUGUGGAGAGCGGAGAAGAGAAGAAACCCUCUGUUGUGGGUCAACUCAACUCAAAGGGACCUUUACUGGCCAUCUGCAAAAUGAGCCUUAUCAUGUUGUACUUCUACAUGUGCGACAGAGCAGACAUCUUUAUGAAGGAACAGAAAUUCUACACACAUUCUACCUUUUUCAUCCCUCUUAUCUACAUCUUCGUUCUGGGCAUCUUCUACAAUGAGAACAGCAAAGAGACAAAACUCCUUAACAGAGAGCAAACAGACGAAUGGAAGGGAUGGAUGCAGCUGGUUAUCCUAAUUUAUCACAUUUCUGGAGCUAGUGCUUUCAUACCCGUGUACAUGCAUGUCCGUGUCCUGGUGGCUGCGUAUCUCUUCCAAACAGGAUAUGGACACUUCUCCUUCUUCUGGCUAAAGGGAGACUUUGGCAUUUACAGAGUGUGUCAGGUUCUCUUCAGGCUUAACUUUCUUGUGGUGGUGCUGUGUCUGGUUAUGGACAGGCCUUAUCAGUUCUAUUACUUUGUGCCUCUUGUCACCUUUUGGUUUGCAGUUAUUUAUGCCACAAUGGCAUGGUGGCCACAGAUUCUUCAGAUGCAAGCCAAUGGUAGUGCAUUUUGGAAUCUGGCACUCUUGUUGAAACUUCUGGGUUUGCUUCUUUUCAUCUGCUUCUUUGCGUACUCACAAGAACUCUUUGAGAGUGUUUUCUCUGUUUGGCCUGUUUCAAAGCUCUUUGAACUGCAAGGUAGCAUCCAUGAGUGGUGGUUCAGGUGGAAACUUGAUCGAUUUGCUGUGAUCAAUGGGAUGCUCUUUGCCUUCAUAUACCUGCUCCUGCAGAAAUGUCAGCUGCUGUCUGAAGGCAAAGGAGAGCCUCUCUUCUCCAACAAGAUUUCCAACUGUCUGCUCUUCAUCUCUGUGGUUUCUUUUUUGACAUACUCCAUUUGGGCCAGUGGGUGCAAAAACAAGUCUGAGUGUAAUGAGAUGCAUCCAUACAUUUCUGUUGUCCAGAUUCUUGCUUUCAUUUUGAUCCGGAAUAUUCCUGGUUAUGCUCGCUCUUUGUACAGCUCAUUCUUUGCAUGGUUUGGAAAGAUCUCCCUAGAGCUCUUCAUAUGCCAGUAUCACAUUUGGCUGGCAGCGGACACCAAGGGCAUCCUGGUCCUCAUUCCAGGAAACCCCUCCUUAAACAUUAUCGUCAGCACAUUCAUCUUUGUCUGUGUAGCUCAUGAGAUCUCCCAGAUCACCAAUGACUUGGCCCAGGUGGUCAUUCCUAAAGAGAGCGGGACUCUACUGAAGAGACUGCUGGGGGCAGGAGUCUUUCUAGCGCUGGUACUGAUACUGCCCCAAAAAGAGUAACAGGAUCCUAAUAGAUCUUUGUGUAUAAAACAAAUAAACUCCACCAGCCUAGAACGUUCUUUUCCUAUGAGUUGAUCUAGGGAACUCUUACGGCACUGGUAUGUAUACAAAACUCAAGAUGGUACGGAGGCCAAGGACUCAGGAGCGACAGUGAUUAAAGAAGGAUUCUUAAGCAGGUUGUUUGCAGUAGACAAAUCACACGGACUGUGUGCGGAUAAUAGGUCAAGUACACCUGUGCUCCGUCCGCUCUUCUCUCAUAGCUUUGAGGUGUGUUUUAUGGGCAGUAUUUAAUAAUUUAUGUUAAUAUUUUGUACUGGGGUUCUGUGUUUGUCUCUUGUUCAUGGUUUUCCCAUUCUGUUUUGUCAUUGAUGCCCAUGACUGCAAAAUGUGAAGGAGUUAUACAUUCCUUGUAAAACUGGCAGCGCACCAUCAGCCCGUGCACCAAACAUUUCUUUACAACUAAAAAAAGUGUUUCAGUUCAUAUCACACCAGCAGCUUUAUCCUUCAGGUGAACAACCUCCAACCUUUGGAUUAUGGAAUCAUGAAAAUCCAUUUAUUGCUGUUUUAAAAUGGCAGCGAAUAUGUUCCGUCUGCAUCAAGAUGUAUGCUAGAUGUGGAAAAUGGGGUGGUGCCACUACUAAGGGAAUCCAUAAGCACAUUCUGCUUCCGUCAGAAUGUUUUCAUCUACUGGAGGAAUAGCAUUUGAUGUGAAAUGUAAACUAUUAAGACAAAAUCAACAUGCUUUGCUCAGACGCAUUCAAAACACUACGCAUUUGAGCCAGUUAUUUGUUUGUUUACCACAUGGGUUUAUUCUGUUCAUAUGAAUUCAGCUUAAAGGGAUAGUUCACCCAAAAAUGAACUCACUUAAGUUGUUCCAUUCCUUUCUUUCUUCUGUUGAACACAAAAGAAUAUAUUUCAAAGACUGUUGGUAAGUCAAUGGAGUCCAUCAACUAUCUGAUUACAACAUACUUUAAUAUUGUUUGUUUUCAAAAGAAGAGAGAAACUCAUACAGGUUAGGAACAACUAAGGACAAAAAAUGUAUGUUUGGGUGACCUAUCCCUUUAAUGUUAGAGCCAGUUUUGUCUACGAUCCGUGACCUCAUUAUUUAUUGUUUAAUGUGCGUCUUCAUGCCCUCUCCAACUGCUUGAAUUGCGGAAACUGAAGCCUGAUGUUCAUGUGUAACUUUUUUUUAAAAUAUAUUACAUGUAAAAAAGAAUUCAAUUUAAUUCUCAGUUAGAUGAUAAUGCUGUAAAUAGAUCCUUCAUUAUGUGCCAUUAAGACAUAAGGCAUAUUGUCUGAGGCUAAUAUUUUCCAUUGUGGCAAUUCCUUCUAGUCACAAAUACUGACAUUUUGGUUGAAAAGUUGCAUUUACUAUCAAAAUAUUACAUUUUUAAUUUAAUAUAUGUGAAUUUAAAAGCAGCUACAAGGUUGUUGUUUUUUUGCAUCAGUGAAAAUGCAUUUUUCUAAGCAAAGCAAAUUUUGUUCAGCCUGCCAUUAACUGGCACAUUCAAGCAACUGACCGUAAAUGUUUAUUUGUCUUUAUCACCUUGUUCAUAUAACAAAUUAUUUGUAUAGUUUGCUAUAUUUUUUAUUUAAAGAAACAUCAAAGACCUCAAAGGAAAUGGUUUUGUGUGUGUACAAUACAUUUUGUCCAAAAAUGUGAAAAUAUUCAUUUAAUUUGGAAAUGCAUUCAUCUUAUUGUACAGUCAAUGUUGAUAAAUCCCUUCUCAAAAACAUUUUCAUUUCUGUUUAAGUAUCUACACACCCCCAGAACAAACAUGAGCCAAUCUUAUGUAGUGGCAAGUGUAUUAGUUUAUUUAUCAAAACAUAUUUACUCGUAUACUGUAAGAACAAAACGAACAAUAUCAACCUGUUUAGAUCCCAUUAAAUGUGACUUCAUUAGUGGUAGACCAAAGACGACUGGUAU